ACCCUCUAUAAAAACUGUUGCAUAGAAUUCUGCUUUCAGAUCCCGCAUUAACCAACAGUAGAACCACACACAAACACUCCUAGGUGCUAACAAAUCAUCAGAGCAAAUAAUGCCAAGCUUGCCACGAACCACACUCGAACUGGACAAUAUGACUAAAGAAGAAAGACCACAACAAUCUCGAAGGAAAGAUAUUAAGAUGCGGCUUCAGGACAUACUCAUGAGAAGCCCAAUGUCAGAGAGACUUGUACCUGGAGAGAGCCUGCUCUGGUCACAAUCUCUAGAAACUCUUCUUAGGUCAAAAACUGGUAAAACAACUUUCCAGGCCUUUCUCAAGUCUGAGUUUAGUGAUGAGAAUAUCGAAUUCUGGAUGAAGUGUGAGGACUUCAAAAAAAUCAGGAGCAACGCUACAUUGACCUCCAGAGCCAAGAAGAUAUUUGAUCGCUACAUCCAGGCUGAAGCUCCAAGAGAGAUCAACAUUGACCACAAAACCAGGGAGGUCAUCAAACAUAAUGUGCAGACUCCAACGAGGUACUGCUUUGACGAGGCCCAGAAGAUCGUCUUUAGCCUUAUGGAAAAGGACUCAUAUCCCAGGUUCCUCCGUUCUGACUUCUACAGAGCCCUUCUGGAAUCAGUCGCAUAAGGAUAGGGAAGGGAUUACCAGAAUCACUUGGUGGCUAAUCUUUAAGAACUACAGCAGAAGAGCUAGACAAGGACAAUGGCACGGGCUGGCCCUGACCCUGGGCUUGGACAGCUGGACUGUUAUGGAUGGACAGAUUUCUGCCAAUUGUCUGGACUCAUGUUCCAACAUCGUUUUGGCCUGAUACCUUGCUGUUCUGCAACACUACAUGCAUGGAUGCCCCAAAAGCUAUACAAGCUGUCAUUGGCACUAUAAUGCCAAGUUAUUUUGUUGGUAUAUUGUAUUAAGAUGAAGAAAGUCCCUUUAGUUGCCUUUGUUGAGAUGUGUAAGAUUUUUAUCAUAAACUAGUUUAGAUUAUUAUGUCGCACAGUACACAAUGAUCAAAUUCCAGGCGACAUACUAUGACAGACUACGCGAUAACAGGAGCAGACGAGAUUACAUGAUAAAUAUACUGCUAUGAUGCUUUGCUUACAUCAUCAAUCAGCAGGUCACGGAGAAAGUGACCACAUGAUGCUAAUCUACUUAGAUGAGCGUCAUAUCAACACCGAAGAUCAAUGCUCAAGUUCAACGGGGAGAUCAUUCUUUAAGACACUGACAAGAAUUCGUUGUCAACCAUUUUAGAUUACAACAGGACUAAAUCUUUCACCAAUAAGCACAUCAAUAUAUGCGUUUAUAAAUCUGCCAGCGAUCCAAGACUUGUAAAAUCAAGCAGAAAGUCCUACACUGUAAACCUGACUUUAGUUGCAGAGCAAGCUUAUAACAUUUCAAGUGAGCAUGAUGAGUGUAUGAUAUCUUAUUAUGAUUUCUUUUUCCACCAAACUCAAACAGAAGCAUGGGCAGAACUAUAGACAAAGGACCCAGAUAUUUAUUGGACUAAGUUGCUUUUUUUAAAAAAACAUUUUGGACAUGCAACACAAAACAGCUCAAUAGCUCCCUUAUAGAGCUGAAGAAAUAUCUUAUAUGUAAAUGGUGCAAAGGUAUGACUUUUUUUAAUCUGUAUAUACAUAUAUGUUUUGAAAGGUUACGACUUUUAUGGAUUGUAUAUACAUGUAUUAUAGUUCACUGCUUUAAAUUAUGAUUAUUUUACUGGUUAUGUAGGAUUUUUUAGGAUCUCCAUAUAGAUCAAAUGAACGAGCUUGUCAUGUGAAAAAAAUUGCCAAAUAACAUCAAGCAACCCAUUUUAGAAAGCUUAAGAAAUUAUUUCUUAAAGAGUAAUAUAAAGAUUCGACUAGAUCUGAAUUUUAUGUACAUGUAAAAUCUACAUAGAUUUUUGUUCGUUGUUUUUAAAUUAUGAUUCAAUUUAUUUGGGGAUUUCACUGGUUGAAAUUCCGCAAUACAUAUUCAACUUCUCUAAUUCAUACUAAGAUCUAUUUAAUAAAUAUAAAUUUUAUACCACA